AUGAGCUCGACAGAGUACGACUACGAGGCGCGGUGCAUGUGUGGGGCUGUGGCGUACGGAAUGGUAGGCGAGCCGAUCAUGAGCGUGUACUGCCACUGCUCGAUGUGCCGGAAGCACACAGGUGCGCCGUUUGUCCACUCGGCGGCAUGGAUGGCGGAGAAGGUGACUGUAGUGUCUGGCGAUGGUGAUGCCUGCGUCAUCGCAUACAACUCGAGCGAUGCCUUUACCCGCGGAUCGUGCGCAGCUUGUGGUGGAGCGGUGGCCAACGCUGUUGCUGCCCACGGUAUGAUUGGAUUUCCCGUCGGCAUCAUCGACGGCGCCUACGUUGACAACACCUACAAGUCGGCCUUCAAGCCGGCAUGUCAUCUCUUCUACGGCAAUCGCGUGGUCGACAUCGUCGAUGGCCUGCCCAAGCUCAAGGCCAAGUCACCAGAGGACGGCGUGCUUCCCGAGACCGCCACCUCUGCUCCUGCCGGCGACGACGAAGGACUGAGCCUGGACAAGGUGCUGAGCGAGACGACCGUAGACCGGGACGAGGAGAUGGUGGCCUCUCUUGGCGGAACUGGUGUGCUCAAGUGUGUGCUGGACGACGGAACGACCUCGGUGCAGACGGUCAAUCUUGGGCAGACGGUCCAAUAUCUCAAGCUGCUGCUGGCCGAGGCCUUUGAGAAGCCCAUAUCUUCGCUCUCGCUUUCGUACAACGACGAGCCGCUCAUCGAUCCCAUCUCCAUCUGCGAUUGCAUCCCAGAGGCUGCCUUUGAUGGCGAAGUUGUCAUCAACGUGAGCGUCCAGUGA